CUACACUAGUAGCGCAUGUCUGCGCUUGGUCCAUAUCCCUCCAAACCCGUCCGAUCCAUGUACCUGUCUAACUGUUUCUUAAAUGUUGUGAUUGUCCCAGCCUCAACUACUUCCUCUGGCAGUUUGUUCCAUACACCCACCACCCUUUGUGUGGAGAAAGUUACCACUCCUGUUAGAUCUUUUCCCCUUCACCUUGAACUGAAGUCCUCUGCUCCUCGAUUCGCCUACACGCUCUUGAGUGUGAAAUCAUCGCUGGAAUCCAACCUGCAGGAUACGGAGGAGCAGUACGCUGACCAGCUGCUCAACCUCGAGGACAUCCUCAGCGAUCGGGAUGCAGAGUUGUCCCAGAUCCAGAUGGACAUGCAGAGGCAGAGCCAAGACUACACACAGCUCCUGGACAUCAAAACCAGGCUGGAGAUGGAGAUCGCCCAAUAUCGCCGUCUCCUGGAUGGAGAGCAUGUCAGGUGGGACGAUCAUCCAAACCUCAAACCACUUCUUCACCCAGACAGUUGUGGAUCUGUGGAAUUCUCUGCCACAGAAGGCAGUGUAGGCUAAUUCACUGUGUGUAUU